AUGGGCAGAAGGGUAUACGUGUUCGGGUCUGCUGCUUACCUGACCGCUCUCGCCGUCACUGUCUUGAUAGUAUAUUUGAUGAACCCUCCUGUCUCGGAUGCCAUCCAGGGAGCCUUCUUCGUGGCGGCCUUCUUCACUGGAGUGAUUUUCGGUGUCCUGUCCUUGGUCUUCGCAGACAUCGCCGAAGGUUUUGGCUGCCUACUUGGUGGCUUCUGCCUAAGCAUGUGGUUCCUCAGCGUCAAGGACGGUGGCCUGAUCACUUCAGGAACUGGUCGUGCCAUCUUUAUUGGUUGCAUGUCAGCUGGAGGCUACUCGCUUGCUUUCAGUCACUACACACGCAACUACGGUCUCAUCGCCUCAAUCGCCUUCUCCGGAGCCACCGCUGCCAUUCUUGGUAUUGACUGCCUGGCUGGUUCCGGCUGGAAGGAGUUCUGGCUUUACCUCUGGAGUAAGUUGACGCGCAGUAUUCGCAAAGUAUUGCUAACCCCCGCAGACCUCAACGAUGACAUCUUCCCUCUUAACACCAAUACCUACCCUGUUACCAAGAACAUCAAAGCCGAGCUGGCUGGUGUUGUCAUUAUCACAGUAGUCAGUAUCGUCUCCCAGCUGCGCGUUUGGAAGUUAGUCAAAGAGCACCGCGCAAAGACUGCCGCUCAACAACUCGAGAGACAGGCGGAUCAAGACCGUGAAGAGGAGGAGCAAGGUCGCAAGGUCGAGGAGAUCUUCCAGAAAGAACGUGCUCAAUGGGAAGCUGCAUACGGCAACGGACAGAAUGUGCCCGAGGACAGUGUCCGAUCUUCCACUUCAGAUCCCAAAGACCUUACUCAUGUCCAUGAGAAGGAGGUCUCUCCCAACGACAGCGCGGUAACAGUCAACAUGUCAACUGGAAUGAUGCGAUCUGCCAGCCGCACCGCCAAGCCCGACGCCACCGUCACUGUCGCUGUUCUGGAUGACGAUGCUAUCCAACAAAUCGAACCCGAGGCCCAUACUGCUGAAAACGAAAAAGCUCUUCCAGAGGCUCCUAAGGAUGACUCGAGGCCUACUCUAGUCAAAAGCAACAGCCUACGCCCCACAGCCCCGCCGCCACCUCCAGCCGUCGUCCCACUUCCGUUCAAAGUCCCUACCGAAGAUGAGGCGCACACUGACGACGACAAUACCUCCGUCUCUGCUGUUCCUGAGACUGAUCACGAUGCCGAGGUGCCCAGGCGCCUGUCGAAGCGCGUUUCUGAUGUCUCCGCAAUGAGGCAACGUAUCUCGAGGGACAUGGUAGCAUCGCAAGAAGCUUUGAACGGAAUGCGAGGUGACGAAGACGACCGCGCUUCGUCUGUUGCCGCCACACUUGACGACGACCUCGAUGUGCUGUCGGUCCGUAACCUGUCCCCAGUCGAAUCACCGAUCGGAACCGAGCACGACAACCCAUUUGAAAAGCCUGGACUCAAGAGACAGGAUUCCGACACUGUGCCUAACCGGAAGAGCGUAGUGAACACCGCUGACGUAGUACAAUCUCUCACGACUAGUACCGACCCAAAGACAGCAGACUCGCCCAAGGAACAGACAUUCAAGCACAGGGCCGAUACAGUCAUGUCCAGCUCCAAGGCGAGCAGCGAGAAAUACUCCAAGUCUACCAAGUCUGAUGAAAUCUCUCAAGGCUCACAGAUGGAGCAAGGCGGAUCACAGGUUGGCAGUCUGACUGAGAACGUGAUGCCGGAGAAGCUUUCGAAGAUCGCCCUGUCCUACCGCACGAACGAAUGGGCGAAGCAUCUCGAGGCCGCUGAGAAACCAGACUACGAAGACAUGUUCCUGCCAUCAUCACCCGGUAUCAUGCUCGCCGACGGAUCAGAAGAGAAACCCACGCCAGUCAGUGACGAGCUCCUCUACGAGAGCAAGCGCGAAUCGAGAAGGAUGUCAACUGGCAGCCGAACGCAAAGGAACAGCACUCAAGGACUCCGACGCAACACCUCGACCUUCUCUCAGGAAUCACUCGUCAACCAGCGAUCCCUAACCCACUCCCCUUCCAUCGCCUCUCCCCAGGUCCUCUCCCGCUCCAACUCCGCCAUCAGACUCGACACCCUCUCCCCCCUCCCCAGCAACACCCUCCUCAGCAAGCGCGAAAGCCUGAUCAAAAACCGCGCCUCAGCUCUAACCCUCACCCCCCAAAUGUCGUCACCCAACCUCUCCCAACGCGGCAACGACGACGAAGACAUGACGCUAUCCCAACGCCGCCAACUCCUCCAAGCCCAACAACUCUCCCCCUCCCUCUCGCACCAACCCUCGCUCCGCUCCCCGGGCCGCACACCCCCUUCUUCCUCGCAAAAAUGGCAAAACAAGACCUGGGCCACCAAAGGCGCGCCCGCCGGCUUCGACAGCCACCAACCCAAGCGCUCCUCGAGCGCGCAGUCCGAGCAGAAGCGCGAACAACUCUACGCUGGGUGGCGCGACACCAUGCGCGAUAUUGCGCCGCCGCAGCAGACGGCUGCGAACGUCGUGGAACAGCAGCGCGCGGCGCUGUUGAUGGAGCGCCGGCAGAUGGAGAUGGAGAGGCAGCAGCGCGAGGUCAUGCAGCAGCAGCGGGCGAGUCAGAUGGAUAGUAUGAUGCGGAGUGGACAGAUGAUGGAUGCGCACCGUGAGGCGAUGAGGAAGAUGCAGGCGAAUGCCAACCGACACACUUAG